AAAAAUCAUGCAAGAUUUCAGACCUUUGAUGGCAUACAUGUCUAAAAGUCUCUCUGGGGAUUUAGAUUUUUAGAUAUGGUUUUAGGAAUUAGGAAUAUUAGUUCAAAAUAUUGAAUAUUUAUACAUUGUUGGUACGCGUGUAAAACAUAGUGCAUAAUAUUAUAUCUUCCGCCAUUGUACAGACAAGAAGGACGAGCAGUGGUAGGGAAUACAUACAGUGACGAAAUUGGGACGCAUUUGCGAUUACAUGUGUUAUACUUAAGUGAAGUGAAUAUUUUUGGAUUAUUCUGUGCUGGAAGUACUAGAAGAUACUUUUUAAAUCGUUUAGAACACGUUUUAAUUCAUAAAUUGCCAAUAGUUUCGAUUAAUGUUUUUAUAGUCUGUUCCAUAGUUUUGAAUCGGUGUUUUGUUAAAAAGUCGGAUUCUUAGCACUAUUUGUGAGGCUGUGAAAGCAGCCUCUGCAAUGAAAGUUUGUGGCUUUUGAAACCAAGAAUAAUGAGUUUCACAAGUGAUGAGGUCAACUUUCUGGUUUACAGAUACCUUCAGGAGUCGGGAUUUGUGCACUCCGCAUACACAUUUGGAAUUGAGAGCCACAUCAGUCAGUCCAACAUCAAUGGAGCCUUGGUUCCACCUGCUGCUCUCCUCAACAUAAUCAUGAAAGGCCUGCAGUACACAGAGGCUGAAAUCAGCAUUGGAGAGGAUGGAGCUCAGGCAAAAAACAUAGAAGCUUUGACUUUGAUAGAUGCGGUGAUGCCUGAUGUUGUGGAGUCAAAGAAACAAGCAGCUCAACCUGCUCCUAAAAUCAAGACGGAACCUGCCAGCACUAACGGUGAAGAGGCUACGCCUGCAGAAAUCGCGAAUCACACAGAUGCUAUGGAAGUGGAAGUUGGACAAGAGAUUCCCACAAACAAAGCUACAGUUUUACGAGGACAUGAGUCAGAAGUUUUCAUAUGUGCAUGGAAUCCCACCAAUGAUCUACUGGCAUCAGGAUCUGGGGAUUCAACCGCGAGGAUUUGGAACAUGAAUGACAACAGUUGCUACAGUGCGAAUCAGUUAGUCCUCCGACAUUGUAUUCAGAAAGGAGGUACAGAAGUCCCUAGUAACAAAGAUGUCACCUCUCUAGACUGGAAUUGUGAAGGGACUUUACUGGCUACAGGGUCUUACGAUGGUUAUGCCAGGAUAUGGAGUACAGAAGGAAGACUAGUGAACACAUUAGGGCAACACAAAGGACCAAUUUUUGCUCUGAAGUGGAAUAAACGAGGAAAUUAUAUUCUAAGUGCAGGUGUAGACAAGACCACAAUAAUCUGGGAUGCUAGCUCAGGAAAUUGUACACAGCAAUUCGCAUUUCAUUCUGCCCCCGCGCUGGACGUGGAUUGGCAGAGUAAUGCUACAUUUGCAUCGUGCUCUACCGACCAAUGCAUCCAUGUGUGUAGGCUAGGAAUGGAGCGUCCAAUGAAAACAUUCCAGGGACAUACAAAUGAAGUUAAUGCCAUCAAAUGGGAUCCACAAGGUCAACUUCUUGCCUCGUGCUCAGAUGAUAUGACAUUAAAAAUAUGGAGUAUGAGACAGGAUCCUUGUGUGCAUGAUCUCCAGGCCCAUAGUAAAGAAAUCUACACAAUCAAGUGGAGCCCCACCGGGCCCGGCACAAACAACCCCAAUGUACCGCUCAUACUGUCCAGUGCAUCUUUUGACUCGACAGUGAGGUUAUGGGAGGUAGAACAGGGUCGUUGUCUCCACACCCUGACCAAACACCAAGAGCCCGUCUACAGUGUGGCCUUCAGUCCCGACGGCAAAUACCUGGCCAGUGGAUCCUUCGACAAGUGUGUCCAUAUCUGGAAUGUUCAGAGCGGACAGUUAGUGCACAGUUACCGAGGGACGGGGGGAAUAUUUGAGGUGUGCUGGAAUCAUCGGGGUGACAAAGUAGGAGCCAGUGCAUCAGAUGGAUCAGUGUUCGUCCUAGAUUUGCGAAAAUGAUAUUCCACAGUUAACCUUGAGACGUUCUUGAGUUAAAUAUUGUUUGUCUGUGAUAUGUGUUGAUGGUGUGCAGUUGAUAGACCAUUGUCCUGCCUUCUGAAGGCACCAGCCAGCCCCAGAGAGAGGCUCAGAGCCCCGCCCACAUCAUUACAGCACCGUGUCACACCCAAGCUGUCCAAUGCUUCCCUCUCAAGCAUUCAGUCCACUGACCAAUAUAGAGGAAGGGAAAGAUGACAAGAUCGUAUUGUGAAGAAACUACAUAUUGUUCACAUUACAUGUGUGUGUAUAUAUAUACUAAUAGGUCUAUAUUAGUUUUCAUGGGAAAAUUGUUAAAGUAAUAUUGAUCUCAGGUGUGUAAGUGUUUGUGUAUAAGUGUUUUGAUUUGAGUGUUGUCAUCUUUCCACCUCUCACAGAAAGUGCUACUUUUAUACUAAUAUACGAAAAAAGAAAAAAAAAAUUCAUGUUAUAAAUUUUGUUGCUUUAGAACUGGGAAAAAUGACGAAUUGAAAUGGCUUUUUUUACUGUCAGAAAAGGUAUACAAAGGCUAUAUUUUAAACUAUACUAGUAUUUGGUUUUUGUUUUCUUGAGACAUUAAAACCACAUCUUGUUUAUCAUAAACAAAAGGUUUUGAACAAUAACAAAUAACUAGGUGUGCAUUAUUGAUACGCCUUUGUUCAAAAGCUGUAUUUCACAAGAUGACUGGUUUUAUGGAGAUGGCAGCUAUGUCAUUUUUAGUUCUUUAUGUAGUCAUUAUUUGUAUUCUUGUACCAAAAAUAAAAACAUGCAGAAAAUAGAUAAUUACAGUAUGAGAAAAUAGAUUUAAAAGUUUUAUGGAAUUAAAAAAAUUAAAAAGUUGUACGUGUAUUUUAAUUCAGUAUGAACCUUAUUCUUAUUCUGUAUGAACCUAAAAAUUAUCUGGAGAUAUCAUUAAAAUAUGUCUAUAUCUUUUUAGAGAAGGUAAAAAUUGAGUAAAUCUUUAAUAAUUUGAUCAUGCCAGUGUUUAUUAAAACUCUGUGCCAAGCUUUGGUAUGUACCUGUAGAAACAUUUAAUACAAAGUGGUAGUUGUUGCCCUGAUAAAAGAUAUCACUCUGUACUGUGUGCAUGAAUCUUGCUAUUGUAGAUCAUGUAUGUACUAGGGCGUUUCAUUUGUCAAAUACAGAGACAAUUUGUCAACAUA